CCAGCUAUAAGUAUGGAAGAAGUAGCACCUGUUGCUGUUAGUGAUGCUGCUCUCUUAGCACCGGAGGAGAUCAAGGAAAAGAAUAAAGGUGGUGAUGUAAAAACAGAUGCAGAAAAGACUCCCACAGACAGAAAACGAGAACAAAGAAAGAAAAAACUUCGUAAACGUAUGAAGAGAAGAGAAAAGGAGAAACGUCAAAAGCUUCUUGAAAAGAUGAAACCAGAACAAGGCACAAAACUUAGCAAAAAAGCUGCUGCAGCAAAAUUAAAAAGGCUUACAAAAGAAGGCAAAGCAUCUCUGCUCAAGGAUGAAGGUAAAGACAAGGUUUUGAAAUCAUCCCAGGCUUUCUUUUCUCAACUACAAGAUCAAGUAAAAAUGCAAAUCAAAGAUGCAAACAAAUUAAAGAAGAAACAAAAGAAGCAGAAAGCACUCUCUGUUCAUAAACUGAAAUUGUAAUUUACUUUUUUAUAUUUGUUGCAUCUUGUAUAUAUUAAAAUGUUUCUACAUGAAUGCUGAAUUUGA